CAGUCACGUUAAACCGUACAGAAACACGAUUUAAUGAAAUGAUAAUGUAGAAAUAAUAUAAAUUUUUAUAAAACCGCCAAUGUUACGCAAGUGGGAGCAAGUUUACGGGCCGUUCGUGCCCGCGCACUGAAGGGGUGGGUGGACGCGCGCUCCCGAGACACCAGGAAACAUGGCGGCGCUCAUGACUCUCAGCCAGUUAUCGAGUGGCAACCCAGCCUACGAGAGCUACUACAGACAGUUGGAUCCAUUGAUCAGUGGCAAGAUAUCGGCUGGGGAUGCAGCUCAGUUCCUGAAAAAGUCGGGGCUGUCAGACAUCACACUCGGAAAGAUAUGGGAUUUGGCUGACUCAGAGCGAAAAGGCUAUUUGGACAAGCGGGGUUUCUUCAUCGCCUUGAGACUGGUUGCCUCGGCGCAGUCAGGGCAUGACAUUAGCAUCAGCAACCUCAGCCAAACGGUGCCACCUCCUAAAUUUCGAGACACGAGCAGCCCAUUAUCAAGCACUCCAGCGCCAGACUCGCAUUGGGCCAUAAGGCCAGACGAAAAAGGGAAAUUCGAGGGUAUUUUUGAGAGUCUGACCCCCGUUAAUGGCCUCCUCUCCGGUGAUAAAGUCAAGCCCGUCUUGAUCAACUCCAAACUACCUCUGGAUCUGUUGGGGAAGAUUUGGGAUCUGGGCGACGCAGACAAAGAUGGCUACUUGGACAAAGAGGAAUUCAUUGUGGUCAUGCAUUUUGUGUACCGAGCCAUGGAAAAGGAGCCGGUACCGGCCGUCCUGCCUGCAUCCCUCAUCCCACCCUCCAAAAGGAAAAAGGUGGCGGGCACGAUACCCGGCGCUGUGGCCGUGCUGCCCUCCAGGUCCGCGUCUUUUGCUCUCAAGGACAGCACGAGAAGCAUCUCUCCCCUCGCUGGCGCCUCUCCUCUCGCCAGCGCCUCUCCCGUCACCAGGCCAAUGGCCAAGCUAACCCCGCUACACUCCUCUAAAACCAGCAAACAGCCGGAGCAGCCAUGGGUGGUGCCGGUGGCUGACAGGGAGCGAUACAGCGACAUCUUCAAGAAAACCGACACAGAUCAUGACGGACUUGUCGAUGGAACUCAAGUCAUCGAGAUCUUCAUGCACUCCAGCCUCUCCCAGACCAUGCUGGCCCAAAUCUGGGGCCUGGCCGACACCAAACAGACGGGCAAGCUGAGCCAAGAGCAGUUCUGCCUGGCCAUGCAUUUGAUCCAGCAGAAGAUCACCAAAGGCAUCGACCCGCCAACCGAUCUGACGCCGGACAUGAUUCCCCCCUCAGAGCGGACGACAAGUACGCCUCCCGACUUCACCUCCUUAGCGCCUGUAGAGCUGACGGGCAUCAAAGAGCUGGAUGACCUCAGUCAGGAAACAAGUCAGCUGCAGAGAGAGAAGUUAAUCCUGGAACAUGAACUCAAAGAAAAGGAGGAAACCAUCCAAAGGCAAAAUCAUGCUGUUCAAAACAUGCAGCAUGACCUGGAGAGGGAGAGCAGCAGUUUGCAGGACAUUGAGUCCCAGAAGCACAACGCCCAGAAGCGUCUGGAUGAGAUGGACCAGCAGCGCUCUAAGCUGGAUGGGUUGCUCAACAACGUCAAGCAGAAGUGUCAGGAAGAGUCGCUGACGAUCUCCACCCUGCAAAGUCAAAUUCGCUCACAGGAGAGUGACUUCCGGAGCCAGGAGAAAGAGGUCGGCCGCACCAAGACGGAACUGAGCCGCCUGGGGGACGAGGAGGCGCAGCUGGAGCAGAGCCUCCUCACUGGUCGCGUCCAACUGGACAGCAUUGUCAAGUCUCUCAAGACCACCCAGGAAGAGAUCAGUCAGGCUCGCAGCAAGUUGUUGUUGAUCCAGGAGAACCAAAAGGAGUUCACCAAGACCAUCGAACAGUACAACAGCGUCCUGCGAGAUCUCGCCGGGGGGAACACCACGGCAGACACCGACCACUUGUUUGCCGUAAAGGAGAACGGCGCCUUCGGGAGUGCGGCGGAUGACUCAUUCAAAUCAAGGCUAGCCAUGUUCAACACUGCUAAGGGCGCUCCAGCAGACCCCUUCCAGACGGAGGAUCCCUUCAAAUCCGACCCCUUCAAUGAUCCUUUCAGGGACAGCGAUCCUUUCAAUGGAAGCUCGGCCAGCGAUCUAUUUAGCGGGGCGGGCAGCUCUAAUCUGUUUACAGCCUCUGACACCACUGCAGACAAACCCAAGCCGCCAGUCAAGCCCGGCUCCGUCCGCGCACGUCUCGGCUUCUCAUCGCACAGCCCGAAAGCGAAGCAUUCAGAGUCGGUCCGGAUGCCGAACCACCUCUUUGGAGGCAGGAGCAACGCUGGAUUUCCAGAUUUUAACCAGUUGUCCAAGAAGUCUGAAAAUCCGGUUCUGCCAUCAAAGAAAAGCGCGCCUAACCGGCCUGCCCCGCCCUACGGCUCGGGUAGAGCUCCCAAAGAUGGUCCUGCCUUCCUUGGAAGUGAAAUCCAGCAAGUGGAGUGGGCCAAGCGGGAGAGCGAGCGCGAGGAGUGCGACCGGCUGCGGAGACUGCGGCUCCAGGAGCAGCAGGACCUAGAGCUGGCCAUCGCGCUAAGCCGGGCUGACGCGCCCGGCUUCUGAUGGGGCCCACCCGCAAGACCCCCCCCCCCCCCCCCCUGCAGACGUUUGCACUGACACCGACCGCAUUACCGAAAGCCCCCCCCUGUGCACGAGCCCAGUGACGCCCCCACCGUGCGCUGGCCUCAAAUGACUCCACAUUUAGCAUGUAAUCUAUGUUCAUUGCUCCCAAACGACAAGGCAACUAUAAUCAUGGCCGGGGAUGGAUCCUCUUGAAGUCAAGUGUGGCUUCAUCUGGAGACAACGUAGCGAUUUAGGGAAAACACGAAGCAGAUGGGUACUUGACGCAGCCUUAUUCCAAAGCCUGCACAGAAACUUAACCUCUUUCAAAAAACCAAAAACUGUUUUGUUGUAUUUAUAAGGAAUGAUAUGAAUGGGUGUGAAAUGCACUAAAUCAACAUUUUUUAAUUCCAUUUAAAUGAACCUAGAUCCUUUCUAGUUUAAUUCCGUUGCAAUACAAUGCAUUUGUGCCAAUGCAUCUGUUAUUCAACGCCUUAAAUCCAAAGCGGUAGCGAUUGUGUUAGUUUACUUGUUUUAGCAUAAAAAAAAAAAAAAAAUCCAUUGCCUCUGUAUAUUAUGUAAAACCACUGGUACUGUUACUCCGAUUUUCAUUACUUUAACCUCAAGGGCUAAACACUACCGCUGUUUUAAGGUCAUAUCUUCUGUUCAUAUUAAUUUGAAAUCUUAGUCCCCCCCCCCCCCCCCCAUUUCAGGCUGAAAGUGAUGGCUCUGAAAUUCUUAAAUCAAUUUGGCACACAAGAGUUUAUUCUUGGACUUAUUAACAUACGUGUAUGCGGUAACAGAAUUUUAUUUAAUGUUGGAAGAAGCUCACUUUGUCUCCUUAACAAAAAUAAAUCUGCUAUUUAACAUUGA